AUGAUGAUAAUACUCCUUUUGAUGUGUCUGAUAGAGCCACUUAAGGCAUCAGUUUUCACUCUUAAACUGGAAUUCCAUAACUAUGAUAAUCCUAAUGGAUGGAACAGUGUCAAGGUGUGCUGUGACAGAGGCCCAUUGAGUGGGACUUGCUACAGUCCUUGUGAAACAAAGUUUAGUAUUUGCUUAAGAAACGGCAAUACUAGCCAAAUUGAUAAAAGUUGUCCUUCAUCAAGUGAUAUCAUGACUUCUGGAAUAGUUCCUGGAGACUCUUUGACAUUUGGAGCAUCCAUUGGCAGUUUACUUAAUCCACUUACUUUCUACUUAGACAGUCUUCACUUUAGUGGUGUUCAAGUUUAUAUCAAAAUUGAAGAUGAUGAUCUUGGAAUCUAUGAUGACGACUUAAACCAAGACAUUACUGAUCUCAUUGAUGAAUUGUUUGUUCAGAUACCUUCGAAUGGCAGGAAUGCUGCAUAUAGAAUGAUGUAUGGUAUUCAUGGUGUUGCUUCAAUCAAUGCCAGCUAUCAAUUGGCUUGUACUGAUGACAACUAUUAUGGCAAUGAUUGCUCCGUGUACUGUAAACCUCAGAAUGAUGAGAGUGCUGGUCAUUACUCCUGCAAUCAAACAACUGGAGAAAAGAUUUGUUUAUCGGGUUAUGUUGACCCAAGCAGUAAUUGCACUUGUACUGUUAACAAUCCAAACUGCUUCAAUACUGCUACCACUACCAUUUCAAAGCUUGCUAGCAGUAUCAGCAUUACUACCAUUGUGCCUACUUAUUCUAUGCUUGCAAGCACCACUCAAAUAUCUCCAGUAGCUACUGUUGAUGAGCCGACUCAUUCAAGUAUGUUGUUAACUGCUAGUGCUACUACUGAGCAAAUAUCAAUGACUCAAACUCCAACUGUAAAGAGUGAUGGACUGGGAAGUGUGAUCAUUGCAGCAGUCAUAACUGCUUUUGUGCUAAUUGGUGUUAUAACCAUUUUUGUAUCUGUUAUUAUACUUUUGUUAUGGAAGAGAAAACAGAAACCAUUGCCAGACAUAGACAAAACUGGCACGAUCUAUGAUUCUACUGCCAAAGAAUCCAGUAUUAGUGGUAACAACAACUUGGAAAACCCUAUGUACAUUGACCAACCACUUGAUAUCAGCUCAUCCCACCAGCACACAUAUGAGUUUAUGGAUGGUCCUACCAUUCCAGGCAAUCCUGUGAGCAUUGGUCGCAUUAAUGAGCCAGAUCCAAUGGAUUAUCAAUUAUUAUAUGAGACACCAGUGGAUGGCGCUUUCAACAAAGAAACAGUUCUAAUAAAAAGUUUGCCGGAUCCACAAGCCCUUGAUUAUGAAGAGCCCAGAGACAGUACAUUGAAUGCUGGCACCGUUUCAUGUCCUCUCUAUGAAACACCAGUUAACCCAAACAAUGAGUACAACGCACCUUGGAAAAAACUGUUUUAA